UUUGCUUACCAACAAGUAAAGCAUAAACCACAAGUCUUCUAAGUCAUAAGGCACAGACAAGGGAAGCACACUAGCUAGUAGAGAUGGGAACCUCAGGUGAGCCGAGGCAGUGGCCUCGACUCAUCUAUGCCCUAAUAUUUUGCAUAAUUUCUAGUAUGGUGGUUGCUGAUGAUGACAAGCCUUACUAUGGAGACCCACCAUACAAGUAUCCAACAACACCACCCUAUAAUAAAGACUACCCACCUUACUAUUACAAACCACCACCAUAUUACUAUUACCAAUCAUCACCUCCAUAUUACUACAAAUCCCCAUCUCCUCCAUAUUACUAUCAAUCUCCACCUUCUUAUGAAUACAAAUACCCUCCAUAUUACUACAAUUCUCCACCUCCUUAUGGAUACAAAUUCCCUCCAUAUUACUACAAAUCACCUCCACCACCUCCUUAUGAACACAAAUUCCCUCCACAUUACUACAAACCUCCCUAUUACUACAAGUCACCUCCACCACCAUAUGUUUACAAGUCACCACCUCCUCCACCAUAUGUUUAUUCAUCGCCACCACCUCCUCCAUAUUACUAUAAAUCUCCGCCGCCACCUCCAUAUGUUUACAAGUCACCUCCACCUCCACCAUAUGUUUAUUCGUCCCCACCACCACCUCCAUAUUACUACAAAUCUCCGCCGCCACCUCCAUAUGUUUACAAGUCACCUCCACCUCCACCAUAUGUUUAUUCAUCUCCACCACCUCCCCCAUAUGUUUACAAGUCUCCACCACCACCUCCAUAUGUUUAUUCAUCUCCACCGCCUCCUCCAUAUGUUUACUCAUCUCCACCACCACCUCCAUAUGUCUACUCAUCUCCACCACCACCUCCUGCAUAUGACUACAAGUCCCCACCUCCACCAUCUCCUCCAUAUUACUAGAUAGAUCAAUCUCUACCCCCACCUUCACCACUUCUCCAUCUUGUCCUUCAUCCUUCCACCGUAUCAUUAUAAGUCCCACCACCUCCAUCGUCUUCACGGACUACUCCAUGUUACUACAAGUCUCCAAUUCCACCAUCCAUUAUCAUCACCUGCUCCACCAUAUUAUCUUUUACGUCAAUAACUCAACCCCGGUCACCCAUGUAUAUACGCUAGGGGUUACAGCUAUUUGAAUUUUUCAAUAAAUUAUGUUUAACAUUGUUGCAGUUCGUCACCAAGUUUCAUAUAAUAAUAUGGUACCUCUGCGCUAUAGCAAGAGCCAUGUAUUAAUGCUUGUAAGUUGUACCCAUGUAUCAGUGAGUGUCAUAUUUUGUUAUUUGUUAAUGUUAGGUUUCCAUUUCCUUCUCUGUAUGCGUUCAUAUAUUUUUCGAAAUUAAAAUAUUGAUUUGAUCAAAA